AGGCUGUAUGACAAAUGGUAGUGUGCCCGCAUUGAACAAAGCUCGGCAUCAUGGACCCUCCGCCGCCCCCGCCGCCUUCGUCGGCGCACGCCCCGCCUCCACCCAGCAGCUCUAGUGCGUCGUCUCCUGCGCCAGCUAGUGCACCUCCACCACCGCCUCCUCCUGGACCGCCUCCCACGCCUUCCUCAGCGGCCAGUACGCCGCCCAAGCCCCACGCCCCUUCUCCAGCUUCCACACCCACGGGAGGCAAUGUGGCGCCGACGCCGCACUCGAAGCUGCUUAACCACCAACCACUGGACGCUCCCGACGAACUGGAUCGCAAGUGGUACGCGCACUUUUACCACAUGCAGAAGACCAUUCAGGGCAAGGACGAAGCCGCCGCACUCGCCAUUUUGAAGCAGCAACCGGCCGAGGGGGUGGCACCGCUGCCGUUCCAGCCGGAUAUCGCUCUGCUGUAUGCAGUAGUGACAGAACCGACGCUGGCUAAACAGCAUCUACGCUACCUGACGGCAGUGGCUGCCACUGAUAACUAUAAGAAUUGCAUGGGCUGGCUGCAGAAACUCAUCGAUCUCAAGUUCGUCAAGCUAUUGGUAGCUUGUCGCAGCCAAUUGCUAUGGCUCGUGAGAGAAUUGGUGCAUCUGAACGCUCCUGGGGUGGACAAGGUCAUUGUCUGCUUGAUGAGAUACUUAACCGGUGGCGAACCAAGCCGCACUACAGUCUGGUUGGCGUCGUCGAUUAUCCGGAUCCUUAUUGAGCACGAAGCAUGGCUGCUGUCGUGCUCCAGUUUGAUCCCGUUCGUUUUCCACACUUUUGCGAGGAUUUCGCUGGACCACACUGCCUCGCAACAUGCGAGCUUGCUGAAGCAGGAAGUGGAGCUGUGUACCACACUGUGGAAUCGUCGCCAAUCGGAUGUGGCGCAGCUCGGACGAGAAAUCGUGCGCGUGCUCAGCGAUGCCAAGGACAUCCCGGGAAUGAACGCGCUUUGGAAACAAUUGCGGAACGUCCGUGACACAGCUGAACCCGAGAAGGAUGUCACUGUCUACUCAGUGGCUCAAUUGAUGGCGAUUCCGACCCCUCCCAAAUAUCUUGCCUACCGUUUGAACCCGAAAAUGGAGGAAUACCUAUUGUUUAUGAUGGAACGCGUUCAAGCUGGAUCCGUGACGCGCUACCAGAAGUGGUUUUCCUCUCAGUUUUUGAGCAGCCCUGGAUCAGACGCUCUUGUACCCGACCUUGUGCGAUACAUUUGCGCUGUGUAUCACCCUUCGAACCAGGUUCUAAGCUCCAAGGUCACCCCACGUUACCACAUUCUGGGGUGGUUGUACUUACUCUGCCACGGUAGUAAGACCCCAAGUGUAUUAGCCCGAGUUCAGCUUGCAAUGUUCUUCGACUAUCUGUACUUUAAACCAUCGGACAACAUCAUGGCUGUGGAGCCAGCGAUCUUGCUAAUGGUGAAAUCGCUGAAAAGCCAUCCGAUGGUGACCCUCGCUAUGAUCCAAUUCCUCGUGUUUGCUGUGGAAAAAUUUGCGGCAUCCGCCGUCAACCGAAAACUGAUGCAGAAGGGUGUGUCCACCGCUUUUGCGAUGAUUCUGAAGCUCGGUGUCGUCUCAUCGAUUCAUCCGCUCCAGUCGUUCCCAAUGCUGCUGUCCAGUGCCCCGGAACUGCAAUCCGAUCUUCACCGUAUUUUCCCAGAGCACUUCCCGUCUGCAGAGAAUGCCAACAAGGCUCAAGCCCACCCGAGUCCACUCUCAAAUGCUGGAGGAAGUCCUGCCAGAUCUCCUGUUUCAACUUCUUCACCUGUCCGGCAAUCUCCUGUCCGACAGUCACCUGUUCGAUCACCCGUUCAUCAGUCACCAGUGCGAGGCAGUCCCAUUGGCGCCGGUAGUCCCGUGACGUCACCAUUACGAUCACAGAGCCCCACGCAUUCAGACGCGAGUAUGGGCGGUGGUGGCCCAUCAUCGGACACAAACUCUCUCGGCGCUCUAUCUUUCUUGCCCGACAACCAACAAACGGUAGAUACCUCGACGGAAAUGGCUACUCCUAACGAUGCGACAGCACUGCCGACUGUGAUUUCCCCGAAGCAGCCAGCAGUUGAGAUUCCUGACAGUAUUUUAGUGCUUGGACGCGAUGAUAUCAAACAUUUCCAGCAAUCAUUGCCCGUGCCGUGUACCCGCCCCACCGAGAGCUUCCUGGAGUGUUUGAACGAUAUCUUAAUAUCGUGGAUUCGGCAGAGUAAUGCCGUCGAAAUCGCUGCUCCAUUGGGUUCAUUCCUGCACGCCUCGCUGGAAAAGAUUAUUGUGUCAUCACGAAUUGCUCUGAGCGACGCUCCGAAAGCCACAUCUGCUGGUGUAUUCGAUUCGAUGCUGGAUCAGGUACUCAGUGAAUCGUCUGAACUCUUUGUUCCGUUUUUGAAGGCUAUGUAUGCUCGGGAUGUAACAAUAUCCUAUCGUUUGCUGGCAUUCUGUUGCUCUCGAAGCGAUUCCAAGAGCCCUGACGUUGCUCUAGGACCGUACGCUACAUUCGUUGACGCCAUUGGUGGCAACGUGGCUCAAAACAUCUUGAAGGACUUGAACUUGAGCCAGCAAAUCGACGACGCGCGGGUACAAGCUUGUGCACUAAUGGACAAACAGUUGCCUCCUGCUGUUUCCAAUGACGAAAUGGAUGCUGUUAGUGCUACUGCGCUCGUCGUGUGUCCGUAUUUGUUCGCGAACAUGAAGCACCCGUUCCUGUCCAAGCUCAUGGGUCGCGGCGAAGCACUUGUACAACUACUGCUUGGGCUUGUAACACCAGCCAUGCUGAAUGCGCUGUGCACUCGUGUCGUCAUGCGUGAGUUUGCUAUGUUCAAGAGUCGUUUGGCCAACAUUGUGCUUUCGUCGCUGCAAUGGACCUCGUGGGAGCAGUACGGUAUGUGGGAUCUUGUGGUAGCGGAGCUGCAGUCGGGACGCUCGGCCACAGCCGAAAAGACCAUGAUGGCAGCGGCGCGCAAGGUGCUGGCCUGUGUGAACCCGAAGGAGAGUCCGGAAACGAUGACGGGCUUACUCAAGUGUCUGAUCCACUUCAGUCCCGACGCUAGCGUGCUGCAGAGCGUGUUCAAGUUACCUGAAACGUACGAAGACUUCCCGUUCGCGUUGCUGGCCUGCUGGAUGGACAAGUUCCCGGACGUCGUGACAAGCCACGUCCGUAGCUCGCUAGAAAAUGCCGACGAUCUCGACAAAGACAAGGCACUCGCAGAACUCGUCCGGAAGUUGGACCAUCUCCAGGACUUGCGCAGCCGAAACGUCGCUGCCAACAGCGCUGAGGAGCAGAUCGCGGUGCUGAAGGACGAAAAAGUCCUCUCCGCAUUGAAGAAUCUACUACACCGACCAGCCGAUGCCCCAGCUACGAAUUAUCACACACUCCGAGCACUUCUAUUCGAUGAGGAACCUCCUCACAAGAAACAGCGUCUUGCAGGAGAUAAUUAGAUAAAUUGCAUACGGAAAGUUUAGUAAAAGCGUGCAACAUCUUGUCCAUCGCC